AUGCAUCUCGUAUUAUUUUCAAUAGUUGCACUCUGUGUUGCAGACAAAAGUAGAACACAAGAAAUUGCCAUUGCUACUGACUAUUCACGAGCUCAUGUGAAUGAUUCUCUUCUACCUGAAUCAGCAAUCAAUGCUCAAGUAACACCAGCAGUUCCACCACCUGUAAAUCCUGAUAUUGUCGUUACUGGACCAAUAAUUGCAGCACCACCAGCUGCAGCAGGAAAACCAGCAAAAGUAGCAGUAGCAGCAGUAAAACCAGCACCUGUUGUAGUAGGAGGAAAAGGAACUGAUGCAACAACAACAACCACUGGUGCAACACCACCAAAAGCUGAAUUAGGAGGACCAAGCGAUGCUAAAGAUAUUAAACAUGAUAAAGAUCAUAAAGAUGGUAAAGAUACUAAAGAUGAUAAAAAACACAAAGAUGAUAAAGAUCAUAAAGAUGGUAAAGAUACUAAAGAUGAUAAAAAACACAAAGAUGAUAAAGAUCAUAAAGAUGAUAAAGAUACUAAAGAUGCUAAAGAUUCAAGUUCAGAAGAAGCUGCAGAAGAUAAAAGCAAAUCCUUUGAUCAUGAACAUGAAUCUCACCAUGAUCAUGAUGCAACAAUCUCCGUUGAUGUUCACAAUAUUCUUGAUUUAUUCAAAGAACAAUUACAUGAAACAGAAGAACGUCUUCUUGCUGCUAUUCAUCAUGAUCAUAAAGAACAUCAUCCAAAAGCAUCACCAGCACCAAAAUCUUAUCGUACAGCUGAUCGUUAA